UUCACAUUACAUUCCCCCACCUCUUCAAAAACAAAAACCUUUUUAACACUCCCCCAACCCAACCCCUUCUUCCCUCUCUUCUUCCUUCAACUUCCGUUCACUUCUCCUAAACCCUAGCCCCGCCCUGUUUUCCUAUUCUCUCCUCCAAUGGCGGAUGCUACGGACGACAUCGACAAGCUCUACGAGUUCGGUGAACGUCUCAACGACGCAAACGAAAAGUCUCAGCAUAAGCAGGAUUAUGAAGGAAUUAUUGCAGCAGCGAAUGGAAGUGUGAAGGCUAAACAACUUACUGCGCAGCUUAUCCCUAAAUACGUCAAGUUUUUCCCUCAGUUAGCGGAGCAGGCACUUGAUCAGCACUUAAAUUUAAUUGAAGAUCAAGAGCUUGGGGUCCGUGUACAAGCGAUCCGUGGACUACCGCUUUUCUGCAAAGAUACACCUGAGCAGUUGUCUAAAAUUGUUGACAUUCUUGCUCAGCUCCUUGUUGCAGGAGAAAAUGUAGAGCGUGAUGCUGUACACAAGGCUCUUAUGACCGUGUUACGUCAGGAUGUGAAGACUUCUCUAACUGCUUUGUUUAAGCAUAUUGGGAGCAUUGAGGAUCAGAGUGCUGAGGAUCUUAGCACUUGGGACAGCAUUCGUAAAAAAGUUCUGCUAUUUCUAAGAGAUAAGGUGUUCCCUCUUAAGAUGGAGCUCCUAGUCCCACAGGAGCUAAUGGAGAGGCACAUAACUACUUUGGUGAAGCAGAAUUUGCAAGAUGUAACGGCUGCUGAAUUUAAAAUGUUCAUGGACUUUUUGAAAAGCUUGAGCUUAUUUGGCCAUAAUGCUCCUGCAGAGCGUAUCCAGGAGCUUGUUGAGAUUAUUGAAGGUCAGGCAGAUCUCGAUGCUCAAUUCAAUGUGUCAGAUGCUGAUCAUAUCGAGAGGUUCAUAUCAUGCCUUUCAAUGACCUUUCCCUUCUUCAAGAGGGGUGCAUCAGGAAGUAAGUUUCUCAACUAUCUGAACAAGCAAAUCAUGCCUGUUUUUGACAAGCUUCCAGAACAAUGGAAGUUAGAUUUGCUCAAGAACCUCGCCGAGUGCUCACUUUGUGCAACAACUCAGGAUUCUCGACAGCUGCUUUCAUCAGUAGUUCAACUGCUAAAGAAAUAUAUGGUUCGAAGAAAGAUUGAAGAAAUCAACUACACGUGUAUCGAGUGUUUGUUGUAUACCUUCCACCAUUUAGCUCACAAGACUCCAAACGCCACAAACAGUCUCUGCGGGUAUAAGAUUGUCACUGGACAGCCAUCAGAUAGACUGGGGGAGGAUUUCUCGGAGCAAUAUAAGGACUUCACUGAGAGAUUGAGCACGGUUGAGGAUUUGGCUAGGUCUAUGAUCAAGAAAUUAACUCAAGGGAUGGCAGAUCAAAACAAAGCACUUGCUGCAGCUAAAACAGAAGAAGAAAAGGAUGCUAUUAAGACUCAAAAGCAGAAUGCUACUUUUGCACUUCGAGCUUGCAACAAUAUAUUAGCAAUGACCCAGCCAUUGCAUACAAAAACACCAAAAUUUAUAGGCGAUCAAAGAAUGAAUUUGUCAUGGAAAGAAGCUGCAAAGCCUUCGGGUCCUUCAACUGCUACUGUUGCAGGUCAGAAGCGACCGGCUGCUACUACAAAUGGGUCAAACAGUAACCCUUUAAAAAAGGGCCGAGGAGCUGGUGGUAUGCAACACCAGCUGGUUAACAAGGCAUUUUCAGGUAUCUAUGAUGGCGGAAGAAGCAGUGGAAGAGGUGGUAGGAGUUGGCGUGGUCGUGGAAGAGGACGGUCAUACCACUAACAUGCUCACUCCACUGUAACACUAAUUAGUCGCAGAACAAUCAGGUGAUUUUUUUCCGCUGGUACGAUUUGGAUAUAUCUUGUGGUGAGCAGAACAAUCAGGUGAUCGUUUCCAUUGGUACAAUUCGGAUAUAUCUUAUGGCGAUCCAGACGACUUAUUUAGGCAGGGUUUAGGUUCUGAUUAUGUAGAUUGCUUAGUGAUGGUAUUUUAUUUUAAAUAUGUAACUUAAGUCCGUGUACUAUGAACCUAUAAUAAUACAUUAGUAUUUAUAUUAGUUGUUGCAAAUAAAUUUUGGUAUUUCCUA